AUGAGGCAGGGUGGCAUUGUGGUUGGUUCGCUGAACAUUGGGCGUGAUUUACGGAGGCGGGGUCACAAUAUUGGUGUCUGCACUUGCGGCGCCAGGAGCAACGAGGCAAGCGUGCCUCUGAAGGAGAAGUGGUGUCGUCUCCAAGUGGGAGACUUGCCUCAUUACCAUAUUGGUGGCGCGAAACCGGGGAGUCUAGCAAAUCUCUCCCAAGAUACUUCAAAGAGGAAUUUCCUCAUUGACGCGUCUCGUUGUGAGGAGGCACUGGUGUACGUGUUUGGCAUCAUAGAUGUCAACAAAGUGAUCGUCGCUCAAGAGUGUCUCGAAUGUGCACAUCGUCACUACGCAGAACACGGCUUCGGCCAAGGGGUCGCUAUCAUCAUCCCGCAUGACAACGGUAUCAGAGCAGAUACGGAGGAUGAUCAGCAGAGGCGCAAGAGGAAGAUUGAAGAUAGCUUAAGAGCGGCUGAGGAGAAAGAAACGAGGUUUAUUCGUCAAUUGCGAGAUACGGCUGGAUCUGCGUCUUCGGGCAUCGUUGAGAAGCCUGAAGAGUCUGAUGGGUCUGAGGAUGAGCAGGAGUCAGCAGUUCAUGAACUACGAUGCACCCGCAGAAGAGCCGUCCGCCAGGUGUCAACUCGCAAUGGCCUCAGGCCAAGUACGUGUUGCCUGCGGCUGAAGGCCCCCGAGCCUGACCACAAGGGAGCAGGUGGCUACCCGAAUACGUCUUCGUGCAGUAUCUGCUGGCAAGAUAUACCUGCUAGCAUUGUCAUACUCCUCACAGGCACAGAGAAUCUUCCGGAAACGAGGUCUCGGUUGAUGGACUAA